GUGUAAUUUAUACCAUUUUACGAUUUCGUAUCAAUUCAGCGAACUUGAUCCGAACUAUUAAUCCCAAGUUGCAUCUUGCCGAAUUCCACAUUCUUCGCAACUUGAUCGGAUGCUGAUGACUAGCCGCUAAUUCCCGCCAUGGCUUCUGGAGUACAGUCGAUGCGGAUAUGCCUGCGGGCUCUUCGACAUACUCCAGCUCCCCGAAGAAUUGGCGGUCCCAUCUACGUCGCAAACCGCCCAUUCUCUUCCACUCCGAUACAAUGGGGCCCCGGUCCAGGAAAGAAUCAAAGCAGGGGGCGGGAAGAGAACGAGGACGAUGAGGACGAUGCGGAGAUAGCCGAACUGGAACAGGAGCUGCACUACGAGCAGACGUGGAGUCCCGAAUUAGAGGCAACGAUGCGAUUGCAGGAGCACACUGUGGGAAGAGCAAGCACCGUCUUGGUCAACGCCCAAAAAGUACCCAAGAUUUUUCAGAACAGGACUUUCUGGCACGAUGACGAGGAGGAUACCGACUUACAUACCGACGAGCGCAACGAAGACGAGUUCGACGAAGACGAUAUCAUGAGCAUGGCGCAUGGCAAGUUGGAGGAGUUCCGUGAACACAGAGAAUAUGCUCGUAUCGCUGCUUGGGAGAUGCCCUUGCUAUCUAAACUCGCGAGGCCUUUCGAACCCCCUACCGCCCAAGAACCUUUACGGUUCCGAUAUACAACAUACAUGGGCGAGUUCCACCCGGCGGAGAAGAAAGUCGUGGUGGAGUUCUCGCCGAAGGAUUUGCCCCUCACCGAAGCCCAACAGCUAAAGUUGAAGAAGUUGCUGGGCCCCCGCUUCAACCCGGAGACCGAAGUCGCGAAAAUGAGCUGUGAGCAGUUCGAGCAUCAGGCGCAAAACAAGCGAUAUCUAGGCGACUUGGUGGAUAGUCUGAUCAAAAAUGCAAAGGACCCAACCGACAUGUUCGAGGACAUCCCGCUAGACGUGCGCCACCACAAGUUCAAGGUCAAGCCCAAGUUCCCGCGAGAGUGGCGGAUGACGGAGGAGCGGCGGAAGUUCCUCGAGGCCGAGCGGCAGAAGUCGCUGCUGCUCGACCAGUCCAAGGAGGAGGUCGGCGCCCUGAUCAACGGCAAGGAGAGGAUCGAGCAGUUCUUCAGCUCGCCCCGCGGCGAGCACGGCAUGGCUGAUCUCGUCAUGGCGCGGUCGCUGGGAUCGGCGCAGAGGGGCAGCCAGCAGGCUCCGUCUAGAAGGUUCUGAUGAGGUGUAUAUUACUAUAAGUAAAGAAAAGCUGAAGCCAAACUUCGGCCUUCGAUGCGCAGCUGGUUGUAUAAAUGUAAAAUACAUGCAAAACAUCAAAGUUAGCUCGGCCUGGAGAAUGGUCUUGUGGCCACUGGGAACUGAGACGGAGAAGAAGCCUAAUGCAAUCCGGAAGGGUGACUUGCAGCUGUAGACGUGCCCCUUCAGGUACUCUCCAAGAGCAAACCUGGAACCCGGCAAUCUGGUUCAUGCCUACUAAUAUUCCAAUCAUCUCCCACACUUGGACAUGCGGCCCAGCCUGCCCAAUAGCCUACUAUCCAGUAGCCUACAUAAACCUUUUGGAACAAGCGUAGCUAUGUAUUGGUGUACCGAUGAUUUAAGUCAGGGGCAGGUACACAUAGAUGCAUGAGAACUUGGAAUUCUAGGGGUUCCUGAGGUGAGGUG